AUGGAUAAAUUGCAUGCAGCAGGCAAUCUGAACUCUGCACAUCAAGUAAAACUGGCUGUGAUCGAAGAUGGGAAAUCUCUGAUUUCGGAUUUCAAUAGCUAUGACGCAUCAUGGACGAACUUGCUCGCUGUUAUUGUUUACGCAAGGAGAAAGAACGCAACAGAACCAAAUCAAGCUCAUCCUCGAUCGUCAUUCGGCUACGGGAGCGGACUCAGUCUGGUCUCUUGGUAG